AAUGCUUCAAGUCCAGUCCAGGGUCAGAGACAAAGAGAGAAGCGGCGCGAUUCCAGCACCAGCCGCUGGAAGGCGCUAGUUCUCGCAGUCGGACGGAUUUGAAGGUUGCACGGUUUCAAUAGCGCCCGGCCCGGGUUCUCCCUCCUUUCUCUUCCCCCAGGAGAAGGAGGCGGGGGCCGGAGCGGCGCCGGGGCUCGCUGCUGACGCCAGGCCGGGGCCCGCUGCUGACGCCAGGCCGGGGCUCCCUGCUGACGCCAGGCCGGGGCUCUCUGCUGACGCCAGGCCGGGGCUCUCUGCUGACGCCAGGCCGGGGGCUCUGACUGCUGACGCCAGGCCGGGGCCCGCUGCUGACGCCAGGCCGGGGCUCUCUGCUGACGCCAGGCCGGGGCUCUCUGCUGACGCCAGGCCGGGGCUCUCUGCUGACGCCAGGCCGGGGCUCUCUGCUGACGCCAGGCCGGGGCUCUCUGCUGACGCCAGGCCGGGGCUCUCUGCUGACGACAGGCCGGGGCUCGGCUGCUAGUGAGUGAGGCGCGACGCCGCCAUGGCGACCCGCAGCCUGACGGAGCCGUUCGUGCUGAUGCGCAACCGAGCGGUCCAGAGCCGGCAUCUGCAGGCCGAGCAAGUGAGUAAAGAGCCGGAUGCGGCCCUGGGCGACGGCGCUGUGAUUGCCAAUGAUCGCAUGGCCUUGGUGUCUGGAAUCGGCUUGGAUCCAGAGGCUGCAAUUAGUGUCAGCAAGAGACUGCCUCCAAAAUGGGUGGAUGGAACAGAGCAAAUUCAGUUUGAUAUCACUAGAAUAAAGCAGAAGAUGAAGGAACUUGCAAGUUUACAUGACAAGUACUUGAACCGACCUACAUUGGAUGACAGCACUGCAGAAGAGCACGCGAUAGAGAUCACCACCCAAGAAAUAACUCAGAUGUUCCACAGGUGUCAGCGCUCGGUGCAGAACCUGCAGAGCAAAGGACGAAGCUGCACAGAGCAGGAAGAGCGGGUCCUUCGAAAUGUUGUUUCUUCUCUUGCACAAGCUCUUCAGGAUCUGUCAACCACCUUUCGACAUGCCCAGUCUUCUUACCUCAAACGUUUGAAGAAUCGAGAAGAACGAUCGAAACAUUUUUUUGACACAUCGGUGCCGCUAAUGGAUGAUGAAGACGACAGCCUUUAUGACAAGGGUUUUACAAGUGACCAGUUACUUUUGGUGGAAGAGAAUACUCUGAUGGUGGAAGAACGAGAGAAAGAGAUUCGACAAAUCAUGCAGUCAAUCUCAGACUUGAAUGAAAUCUUCAGAGAACUGGCGACCAUGAUAGUGGAACAGGGGACCAUCUUGGAUCAAAUUGAUUACAAUGUCGAACAAUCUUGUAUUAAAACGGAAGAAGGUUUGCAGCAACUCCAGAAGGCCGAGCAACAUCAGAAGAAGAAUCGAAAGAUGCUGAUCAUUGUGAUCCUCUUUGUGAUAGUGGUGGUUCUCAUCAUUGUGCUAAUAGGAGUCAAAUCAAGGUGAUCAGCUGGAACCUUGCUGCUGCGGUGGGAACCGUGAGGAAAAUUCAACGGGGUUGGUGAAGAAAUAUUGUCUUUUAAGGGAAGGCUAGGCAACAGGGUCAGACCUCUCUGAAUUCUUUCUCUAUCAAAAAUCAGGAACAUAUUGUGAUUGCUGUGUUGUAAAUUGAGUGUGGGGUGGUGUAAGGAACAACAAGGGAAAGGUGUGCUCUCUUGUGUCGUUGUGAGCAGCACUCGGAUUUGCUUCUCUCCAGUUUCUACCUUCAGCUGAUGAUGUGCCUGUGGCCUGUACCCAAAAGAAAACACAA